AUGUCAGCUUCCGAAGAAUUAGAAAAAGUAUUUGCUAACGUUUCUGUUGCAAAGGAAUGGUAUAAAAGUCCCUUCACUAGUAGUAAAGAACUUCAAUUGACCAAGCGAGGAGAAAUCGAAGCUUAUUUUGAUGGUUUACGAUGUCGUAAAAGAUACGCAAAAUUUUGGGACGGGGUUAAAUAUGAUCCCGAAGUUAUAAAAUUUCAAAGUACUCAAAAUUCAAGAAAUGGUGCAUCGUUGAUGGCCUUUUCUGAAGGAUUAUUUAAUGGCAAGGGGCAUUUAGACAUUUGCAAAAGCCAACCAAUAUACUAUUCGACCACACCAUUGUUCCAAGAUUAUGAGUUAUACAUGUUUUCCUCCUGUCGACGUUGGAACGAGACUGUUCGUAAUAAUAAAUUGCGAGAUGAACAAAUCUAUGCUUAUGGUAACAAGACUCUAGCACCAAUUGCCAAGCGACUUUCCGAACGAUACGAUAUUAACCCACCACUUGAACCACGCCUAAUGCCACACAUUUUUAAUAAUUGCCAUUUUUGGCUCACUGUGUUUAAUCGAACUGACACAUGGUGUUCAUUAUUAAGUCCCAAAGAACUUAUAUUAACGCGAUAUUAUUGGGAUCUGAACAAUUAUUAUCUAUAUUUAUAUGGUCAUCCUUUAAACACAAGACUCGGCUGCAGAUACCUUACUCAACUUGUAAAUGAAGUUGAAGGUUAUUUGAAUGGGAAUUCUAGUAUGAAAGCCGAUCUAAGGAAUGCUCACGGUUUUACUUUGUCGAUAUUACUUAUACACUGGUCAUCUACGCUUUAUUACGAAAUUUAUACUUGUUCCAAAGAUCGCGUAUUUAUACGAGUAGUAUUUAAUUUCAAACCAUUUUUGAUUCCGGGUUGUGAGAGUGAAUAUUGUGAGUGGAAUAAAUUUAAAGAAAUUCUUGGUGAUAAGAUUGGGUGCGAUAUUGAAAAGAUGUGUGAAUAUCCUUGA